GCAGCAAAAUCUUAGAAAAUGGCCUUCUCUUCAAAGAACUCCUGCAGACUCCAAACUUCCGAAUAACUGUAGUAGACGAUGCAGAUACGGUUGAACUUUGUGGUGCUCUGAAGAAUAUAGUGGCAGUAGGAGCGGGGUUCUGUGAUGGCCUUUGCUGCGGUGACAAUACCAAAGCUGCCGUUAUUCGCCUUGGCCUAAUGGAGAUGAUUGCCUUUGCCAGAAUUUUUUGCAAAGGACAAGUGUCUACUGCCACUUUCCUGGAGAGCUGUGGAGUUGCUGAUCUCAUCACAACAUGUUACGGUGGCCGGAAUCGACGUGUAGCAGAAGCAUUUGUUAAAACUGGAAAGUCUAUUGAAGAAUUGGAGCAAGAAAUGUUGAAUGGUCAGAAACUGCAAGGGCCACAGACUUCUGCAGAAGUAUAUCGUAUCCUCAAGCAGAAAGGAAUGCUGGAAAAAUUUCCACUAUUCACUGCUGUGUAUCAAAUCUGCUAUGAAGGGAAGCCUGUCAGAGAGAUGAUAUCCUGCCUUCAAAGUCAUCCAGAGCACAUAUAAAAUCAAUCAGGCCAUCGUACUAAUGCAGCUUUCAGCCUUUCAAAUUUAUAUCUGGGUUCAAGUGGAUGUAUCAUUAAGCUUCGUUCAAAGCUGCUCAGUAGGCAACAGUAACAACAUGAAUGUCUCUGAAUGGGUAUUGGUUUUUGUUUUACAGCCUAGUUUGACAUAGCAUGCAAUGUUGGCUUGGUGAUUGCUGUUUUACUGGCUUAAAUACAACUGUUUUAAGAUGCGCAAUGCCAAAGUUGCACUACAUGUCUAGUGUAUAUACACAAAUGUACUUUUUGCGUGUUCCUACACCAUAAAACACAAUGUUUGGUUGUCUCUUACUAAGGCCUAGUCCAAAAUCCACUGGACGCCAUGGGAAGAAUUCCACUGGUUUUGAUGGAGACUGAAUCCAGCCUGUAACCUUGAA